AGUUCGCGGUUGACAAGUUUUUUAGUCUGCAAAACUCCAAACUCAUCGUUUGCAAAAGGUGUUUCAACAGCAAACAAAAAGAAAUGGCUGCAGAUGACUGGAAAAGCCCUGGCUUUCGUCAAAAUGUGGCAGCUAGAAUCGAGGAAGCCAUUAGGCAGUCGGGGAACCCCACAACCAAAACGGCCAGCGAAAUGGAAACUCACUUCUUCCAGAGAGCCAAUAACAAAGAAGAUUAUUUAAAUUACCUUGCCCGUUUACUGAUCCACAUAAAGGAGCUCAGUGCUAAAGCAAGAGCCCAAGGUGGUACAGGAAUAGGAGUUGCUGGCCCACAAGGCAACAUUCAAUCAAACAACCAACAGCAACAAGUGGGUAACAUUUCUCAACCUCAGAUGAUGAACCACAUGAACGUGAGGCCACAAAUGAUGCAAAACAUGGGGAUGGAUCAGCAGCAAAUGAAUCAAAUGGCCCCCAAUCAACAACAAAUGAAUCAGAUGGCUCCAAAUCAACAACAGCAAAUGAAUCAGAUGGCGCCCAAUCAACAACAGCAAAUAAAUCAGCAGCAGCACCAACAGAUGAAUCAGCAGUUAGCUGCCAAUCAGCAACAAAUGAAUCAGAUGGUGAUGAAUCAGCAACAGCAGAAUCCACAGCAACAGAUGAACCAACAACAAAUGAAUCAAAUGGGUGUUAAUCAGCAACAACAGAAUCAACAGCAGCAACAGCAAAUGAACCAGUUUAAUCCCAACAACCCCAAUAUGAACAUUAGUAAUCCAUUGAUGCAACAACUUGGUGCUCCAAACCAACAGCAGCAACAACAACAACCGCAGGGAACUGCAGUAAAUAACCCGAGUUCGGCACUCAUCAGCCAACUCAAUCAAAAUCAGCAACAACAAAACAUGGGGCCAAUGAGUGGCGGCAUGCCUCGACCAAGAUUCGCUGGUCCUCCCGGUGUUACGGCCACUGCCAAGAUGACCCCUCAGCAACAACAGCAACAACAAGCUCAGCAACAGCAACAAAUGCUCAAUCAGCAGAUGAUGAUGCAACAACGCAAGCAACAAGCUGAAAUGAUUCAGAACCCAUCGACUCCACAACAAUUUGCCGGCCCUGGCGUGCCUUCCCCUGCUCAACAACAGCAACAACCUAUGCAAUCAAUGCAGCAACAGCAGCCCAUGUCUUCGGGGAUGACGAGCCAUAUGAGCGCUCCUUCCCCAGCCUAUGUCCAUUCACCUGGCAACGUUCAAUUAGUUUCUUCACCAGCUGCUGCAGGACGAAUGGGAGGCCCGCAACAACAACAACAACAACAACAGCAAAGAAGUUUGGGCAGUCUGCUACCUCCACCGUCGCCAUCGAUGAUGAACGUCCCCACUCCGGGUGGGGGAGGGAUGUUGCACACUCCACAGGGCGCUGGAAUGGGGGGAAUGGCAAUGGCUGGACAGGGAGGCGGAAUGGGCGCAUCCGGUGCUGGAACCGAAGAACAAAUGUACUUGGAGAAAGUAAGGCAGUUGAGCCGAUUCAUCGAGCCAUUGACACGUCUUAUCGGUCGAUUCGGCGACGACGAUUCCGAGAAAUUGAGCAAAAUGAAGAUCAUGCUGGACAUUCUUUCUAACCCGUCGAAAAGGAUGCCGAUGGAUACUCUACUGAAAUGCGAGGCCGUCCUCGAAAAAAUGGAUUUCAAAAGGAGUGAAUCGGGCAGUGUGGCACCUCCCUCAGUAGCUUCCGUGCCAAGUUUGGGUGUGGCUGUUCCUACCGCCAAAGACAAUCCACCAGCUGCCACUCCACUGCUCUCCCUAUUGGAAACGAUAGCUAACCAGGCGCGAUCUCCUUACAUCAAUCACACUCUGCAGCGAACUUUCGCGCCCGCUGUCAAUUCCUUAAUUGGUUGCGACAUUGCAGCUCCACCAGCGUCCAAACGACGGCACUUUGACUCUGCCGACGAUGACAGGGCUGAUGAAUUGAUGGAUACCAUCGAGAGAGAAGUCGCCAACUUGUAUCCCCGUUUCAAGGUGGAUAUGGACCAAAUGCAUCUGAUGGGAUCGCAGGAAUUACACCUGAUCUGUCGUCUCGAAGACAAAUAUUUGCCUUCAGUUCCGGCUUUACGUAUCGUAGUGCCACGUGACUACCCACGAAUGGCACCAUUUUGUGACAGCCAGCAGCCUGACUAUGACGUCAGUGCGUUCACUCGGGCCGUCUUGCAGGGUUUGAGCGAUCGGUUGCGCCACAUGCCGCAUCGCUACACCGUCAGCCAAAUUUUGAAUUGCUGGGAAAUGGCUCUCCGCCACGCUUGCAAGCCCACCAGCAACAAUGCAAAUAACAGGGACGUUAACUCCCUAACUGUCGCUUUGGGAGUUUGAACAAAAGCACAAUACUUUCGCUGUGUUUUAUUCCUCGACGCGAAGAGGUAUAUAUCUAAAAAACUACAAUUUCAGCUUUUGCGAAUCGUGGGACACAAUAAAUCUUUUCUUGGCUCGUG